AUGGCUAGAUAUAAAAGUUUUGAAGUUGGUCUCUAUAAUAAUGCUGGGUCAAUAAGAAGCAAAAUAGACGAGUUUCAGGUUGCCUUACUACGUGACUCUGCUGAUAUUAUGGCAAUUAACGAAACAUGGCUGCAGACAGGUGACGAUGUAAGUGCCCCAUUAGUUCCUCGAUAUAGCUUCCGUCAUAUUCCUGGAUCGUGUAACAUGUCAAGAACUAGGGGCGAAGGUGUAGGUUUCUACAUUAGACUAGGGGUAAGUGCUCGUUCCUGUCCACAUAUUAACAAAUUUACUGAAGUUGAGCAACAAUGGAUAUCGGUAACCAUAAACAAGACUAGAAUAUUAAUUGGUACAGCAUAUCGACCACAAUGGGUCAAUGUGGAUAAUUUUCUUGGUUCUCUCACCGACACUUUGACUUCACAAACCAACUUUGAUUAUUUUAUAUUAUUAGGCGAUUUUAACAUUAACAUUUUGGAUACUAAUGACAGUAAAACUCUUCGUCCUAAACAAUUUUUGACCUAUACUAAUUCAAGUAACUGUAUUUCAGAACCUACACACUUCACACGAGAUAGUGCAACGUUAAUUGAAUUAGUUAUCACGGAUGCACGUGUUACAAAUACAUUUGUUAAACACACACCAAAAUUAGGAGGGCACGCUUUUGUUUUGGUUGACUUCCAUUUUAAAAAACCUAAGAUAGCACCAAUACAACAAAUUAUAAGACCUAUUAAAAGUAUCAAUAUGCUUGCUUUUCUAUCAGAUCUCGAAGCUAUAAAUUGGGAUACUAUCAUAGGGUUUAGCUGUGUCAAUCAAAUGGUAUCUGAGUUUUCCAAAAAAAAAUUUGGAAUUAUUUGA